CUUCCCGCCCAUGAACCACCUCCAUGGACCAGUCCCACAGGAAACCACAGCCAGCCCACCACGCAGGACCCACAUCCCGUCUCCCCAGCCUCAAACACCGGCUCCACCUACGAAACCAGCGCCAUGGAACUUCCCGCCAGUGCUCACCCCCAACCCGCGCGCGAGCUACUAAACCCACGCCCCCACCCCAUUCGCAGCACACAUCCCAGUAGUCCUCCUAGCCGCCGUCGUUUCAAACCCGGGAGGAAACCCUAAGCGGCUAAUCCCACACGCCGGCGCGGCCGCGAACCCCGGCCGAUCGGCGCCGAUGAGAGGGGGGAGGAGCGGGAGGGGGAGAGUGCGGCGGGGAGGCGGCGCCGCCGCCGCUCGGCCGCCGCGGGGCGAGCGCGCCGCCGGCGUCCAGGUCAUCGAACUCAGCGAUGAUGAUGUGAAGUCAGCGACGCAGCAACCACCGAAAGGAGAAAUCGUGGAGGGAUGUGCGGCAGAGGAUUUCAAGGCGCCCCCAUGCGAUUCCACCGAGGAAGGUGUGAUUAGAAGUUCACAUUUCUCAGUUCUCACAAUCGUCGCCUCAGGCACGAAACCCUGUUCAUGUUCGAUACAUCAACUAACUCACUGUUUGUGUUUGCACCUGAUUACUGCUUGAUAAUUUCCACAAAGAACCUGGGGCGUCUUAGAAAGCGAACAGCUGCUGGUGGUGCUGCAACUUCUGAGUUGCAUGAGGAUGAGCUAAAUGUUGCUGAUGUCAAGCUGAGCAAUGAUGAAGUACGUGGGCAAAUGUUGCCUGCAUGUAGAAGCUCCAAACGCCUAUGUGGACAGCAAAUUAGAAAGCAAGACUCGGUUGGGAGGGAGGGCGAGGAUGAUGUAUUUGCAGACAGCAAGGAUGGUGGGCAAAUGUUGCAUCCAUGCAGAAGAUCCAAACGUCUACAGAGAAACCUAGCUGCAAAGCAAGAAUUGAGUAGCAUGGAGAGUCAGCAUGAUGUAUUUGUGAACAGCGAGGAUGAGUCCAAAACGUUGGUUCAACAAAGGAGGCCAAACCGCCUCAGAAAGAGAUUUAUAUCUGAGUAUUAUAGUGGUGAAUUGGCUGAAGAUAAACACACAUCACGGAGUAGCUCUGAUUAUGAUUAUGAUCACUUGCCCCCUCAACGAAGAUCAAAGCGUCUUCGACACAGAAUGCGAACUACAUAUGAUGCAUUUGACGACGAUUCUGAUAGUGACAGUGUGGAUAAUCAUAGGAAGGCAAUUCCAUGCAGAAGAAUGUCAAAGCGUCUACAAGAGAAACAGAAGGCUGACAAUGUUUCAGAUGAGAACUGCACCGAAGCUUCUUCGUAUAUGUUGUCAGUGUCUUCAUCCACAGGAUCAGAUGACGAGCUAUUGCGUAGUACCGUAAAACCUUGCAAAGGCACUUCUAGUGGACCUAUUUGCUCAAUAUGUAAGAGUGGAGCUGGCAGCUGUCUUCUGAUCCAGUGCCAGAAUUCAAGCUGUUCUCGUAGCUUCCACACCUUCUGUCUUAGUCCUCCGAUGCAAGAUACUAAAGGCAUAUUGGUGUGUCCUCUGUGCAAAUUCGAUAAAGCAUCCUUGUCUAAGGGGAUGGAAGUGUAUGCCUCAAAAAAGAUCCAAAGGCUUGUAGGUUGCAGACGGGUGAUUCUUCAGGAGUCAGAUUUCCAGUAUCAAAUCCUAGUGAAGUGGCAAUUACUUUCUCAUCACCAUGACUGCUGGGUUCCACUUGAUUGGCUUCUUGUUUUUGACCGUCUACGAGCACAAAGCUACAUAAGGAAGAAUACCUUGCCUAAAGAGGUUUACACGGACGAUCAAAGGAAACCUGAAUGGUUUGAAGUAGAUCGUGCCAUUGCAUGUCAUCGGAAGUUUGAUCUUGGUUUAUGUGACGUCUUAGCUAGUUCCAAGGAUAAUGAAGACUUUGAAGGAUAUGAAUUCCUUGUGAAAUGGAAAGGCCUUGAUUAUUGUGAUGCUACAUGGGAGUCGUAUUCCACUGAAGGCGUGCAGUCAGCUGUUUCUAUGCUUGUCAAAAGGCAUCAAAAUACUUCACGAAGAGUUGAUUGUGUCAGCCCAAUGAACAUCGAAGGGAUGGUAUCAGAAAAUGUACACAAUGAUGCACUAUACGAUUAUCAGCUUCAAGGGUUAAAAUGGAUGUUCGAUAAUUUUAAAUCUAGGAGGAGCGUUAUUCUUGCUGAUGAAAUGGGUCUUGGCAAAACUGUCCAAGUUGUCAGCUUUCUCAGCCACAUAAUCAAGGGAAGUUUCACAACAUCUCCUGCGUUGGUUCUUGCUCCAAAGAGCAUCCUACUGCAAUGGAAAAAGGAAUUUGAUCGCUGGGCACACGAUCUUAAUAUUAUUGUUUACCAAGGAGAUAAGGACUCCAGAAAGUGUAUUCAAGCUCAUGAAAUGUACUCUACCGAAGGGAAGACUCUAUUUGAUGCUCUAGUGACAAGUUAUGAGAUUAUCCAAAUUGAUAAAGCAGUUCUACAAAAAAUUAAGUGGUCAAUGAUUGUCAUUGAUGAGGCUCACAGAUUGAAGAAGCUUGAUUGCAAUCUUGCAUCCUGCCUAAAAAAAUAUAGCUCAGAAUUCCGGUUGCUACUUACAGGAACACCGUUGCAAAAUAACAUCUUGGAAUUGUUUUCGUUGCUUCACUAUAUUGAUCCAGAUGAGUUCUCUGACCCAAAGGCUGAUGCGUUGUUCUCACCAAUUGAAUCUGAACUGGAUUUGACAAUUGAUGAAAAAAUUGCUCGCAUUCAUGAUAUUCUAAAGCCUAGGAUGUUGAGGAGAAUGAAAUCUGAUGUGCUAAAAGAUUCUAUGCCAACAAAGAAGUGGGUGGAAGUUCCGUGUGCGCUUACAGAUUCUCAGAGAGAUCUUUACAUUAAUAUUCUAGAGAAAAACUACUCAAAGUUGAAUAGUGCUAUUCAGUAUGGUAGGAAGCUUUCUCUGAACAAUGUACUUAUGGAGCUGCGGAAAUGCUGCAAUCAUCCGUAUCUAUUUCCAGGAUUGGAAGUUAAACAGCACGAAGGAGAAGAUGUUUUCCAGUCACUUGUUUCUGCAUCAGGGAAACUUCAACUCUUAGACAAGUUGCUCCCAAAAUUGAAAGAAAGAGGGAACCGUGUAUUGAUUUUCUCCCAGAUGACGAAGAUGCUUGAUAUUCUUGAGGACUUCCUUUCUUUCCUGGGAUACAAAUAUGCACGCAUAGAUGGACAGACAGCACUCUCUGCGAGGCAGGAGAGCAUAAAAGAAUACAACAACACUGAAAGUGAAACAUUUAUUUUCUUGAUGUCAACUCGUGCUGGUGGUCUAGGUAUUGACCUGCCUGGUGCUAAUAGAGUAAUUAUAUAUGCAUUUAUGGACUUGCAAGCACAGUCCAGGGCUCACCGGAUUGGCCAGACCCGACCGGUGGUUGUUUACCAGCUUAUUACAAAAUGUUCUGUUGAAGCAAAGAUAUUGCAGAAGUCUAAGCAGAAGCUGGCCAUUGAAAAUAUUUUAAUGAACUCUUCCAAGAAGCCGCCAAGUGCUGAUGAGCUGAAGUCCAUUCUACUACAUGGAGCCAAGAUAAUUCAGGACAAAAAGGAGAUUAAAGCUGUAUCAAUCCAUUAUGAUGACGAGGCCAUUGAGAAUCUCCUCAAGCUAGACCCUUCUAGUGAUGAGAUGUGCACUAAAGAAGGCAACGGUUAUCUCGGCGGCAUCGAGAGCUUUCCUCAUGGUGCCGAGGACGUAGUACCUCCCUCCCCCAAGGUUGAGGAUUUAAAAGUAUUCAAGCCUGCCACUCCCAAGGUGGAUCUUGGCCGCGGGAGAAGGCAGAGGAACGCCGUGAAGUAUUUCGAGGAGACGGACAAUGAAGACAGCGAUGACAUGUACGCUCCAGAGGCUUCCUCCGAGUCCAGUAGCUCUUCCUCUGAUGAUGAAACAGAUGAAGAAAUUCCUGAAGUAGCACGCGCUAGAACUGAAGUAGACAUGAAAGCUGAAACAGUGAGCGUUGUGAAGCCAGAAGUAGCUCCCGUUCCUGGCAGCCCCUUGACUUCCUCAGAGUCAGAGUCCGGCAGCUCUUCCUCGGAUGAUGAAAUGGAAGAGGUUAAGCCUAUUGUAGCAGGCGUGAAGCCUCAAGCGUCCGGCAGCUCUUCCUCAGAGUCAGACUCCGGCAGCUCUUCCUCAGAGUCCGGUAGCUCGUCCUCAGAGUCAGACUCCGGCAGCUCUUCCUAGGAUGAUGAAACCGAAGAGGUUAAGUCUGUUGUAGCACCUGACAGUUGAUGCAGAAACUCAGGCUAGUCGUCCAUUCCUUUUGUAUAGGAUUAUCUAUAUAACUGCUUAAGUAGAAUUAUGUAGCUGAUUUAUAUGCCGACUUUUGGGGCGUCUGUCCAUGUAUGGUGAGAACUGACGAGUGAUGGCACCUUUAUUGCCUUAUUUAUGGUUGCUGAUAUAUAGCUACGUAAGAAUUAUGAGUGA